CCCCUCUUCUGCACGCAACGCAGCCUGCGACGUCGCUCCCAUGGCAACCCAAGAACCCGCACAAUCCUGCAGGUCUCGGAGUUCGCUGGCGUCCUGAUUUUAAGCUGACCCCAAACGCUGAGACCGCUACGCUGGGGCGGUCGAGCUACGAUGCUCAGUGAAACUCUCUGGGAAAUUGCAAAAGCCGAAGUGGAAAACCGUGGAAUUAGUGGAGGUGAAGGUGAUGGACUUGAAAUUGGAGAAAAAUCUGUUUUCUUCAUUGGCAGUAAAAAUGGGGGAAAGACUACUAUUAUUCUAAGGUGUCUUGACAGGGAUGAGCCUCCAAAACCAACCUUAGCUUUGGAGUAUACAUACGGAAGAAGAGCGAGAGGACAUAAUAGAGUGCGUGUCUUUCCAAAAGAUAUUGCUCACUUUUGGGAACUAGGCGGAGGGACCUCUUUAUUGGACUUAAUCAGCAUCCCAAUCACAAGUGAUACCUUACGGACAUUUUCUAUUGUUCUUGUUUUGGAUCUUUCAAAACCUAAUGAUCUUUGGCCCACCAUGGAAAAUCUGUUGCAAGCCACAAAAAGCCAUAUAGAUAAAAUGAUAAUGAAACUGGGGAAGACAAAUUCUAAAGCAGUUUCUGAAAUGAGACAGAAGAUAUGGAGUAAUAUGCAGAAGGACCAUCCGGAUCGUGAAUUAGUCGACCCAUUUCUAAUACCUCUGGUCAUAAUUGGAAGUAAAUACGAUAUUUUUCAGGAUUUUGACUCUGAGAAGAGAAAGGUCAUGUGCAAGACCCUUCGAUUUGUUGCACAUUAUUAUGGAGCAUCGUUAAUGUUUACCAGUAAAUCAGAAGCUCUUUUACUAAAAAUACGUGGAGUUAUCAACCAGUUAGCAUUUGGCAUUGACAAAAGCAAAUCAAUAUGUGUGGAUCAGAAUAAACCACUGUUUAUCACAGCAGGAUUGGAUUCUUUAAGUCAAAUAGGAUCUCCUCCUGUACCCAAUAAUGACAUUGGAAAACUUCAUGCCCGUUCACCAAUGGAGCUGUGGAAGAAAGUGUAUGAAAGAGUCUUUCCGCCAAAGAGUAUGAACACACUAAAAGAUACCAAGGACCCUGCAAGAGACCCUCAGUAUGCUGAAAGUGAAGUUGAUGAAAUGAGAAUUCAGAAGGAUCAGGAACUGGAACAGUACAAAAGAAGUUCUUCCAAGUCUUGGAAACAAAUUGAGCUUGAUUCUUGAACCUAAUUCAACUAUAAUGUAUUUAUUUAUUCUUUCCCAAAUACAAGUAAGUUUAUUUUAUUAAUUAGCUAUAAUGGUAAAAGUGAAGGAAGCUAAAAUGUGUAAUUUGUUAAAGAAAAAGUGCCAUUUCUUGUAUUAGUGCAAGUCUCUGGAUACUUUUAAAAAGGGGAAAAGUUGUGUAAUUACAUGCAGUAUUUUUUAAAAUAAAAAGAAUCUUCUACCUUUCUCUAA